AUGAGGAUACAGACUUCGUUGGCAGCUGCGGCAGCGGUGGCUGUGCUUCCUGCUUCAGUCUACGGAUUCAAAGAAACCUCUCCCUUAUACGUAUGGUCGUCUUCAUCUGAUCACAUCUCGGCCUUUCAAGCCAAAUCAAGCAUACUAAGUGCAGAUGAGGCGUAUGCUAGUAUAUCAAAGCUGGGAUGCGACUGGACCAACUUGGUAGUCGCAUACUCUGAGGGUAUCCAUCAGUCCCAUGUCUCGUCUCUGAAGCUUCAAUCGAGCUCUCCGACCGCUCAUGUUCCUUACGUCAAAAGCCUGGAUCAGCCUUCCCUCAGAGCGGCGAUCAAUGAACUCUUCAGCUCGUGUAGCGAUGACGGAAGGGAACGCAGUAUGAUGUGGAGGAUCGUCCCGAACAACAGCAAUCUCGAAACGGCUAUGGAGGCUCUACCGGAAAACGACCUGUUGAUCCUCACCGGGACACCGACUUCUCCUUCCAAACGCCAAGAGUACCCAUUCCCCUCUCCGUCUCCUUCACCUUCGCCAUCUCCAGACGAUCCCGAAGAUCCGGAAGACCCAGAAGACCCAGAAGACCCGGAGGACCCGGAGGAUCCCGACGUACCUCAACGACCUAGUCCCGAGCCGGGUGAACCGUCUGAUACGCCAGUACCGUCUAAUGCUCCACUCCUCCAACGAGCACAAUUCUUCACUGCUCCUAUCAUUACCGGUUUACUCGUCACCUUUUUGGUCUUCAUCCCGUUCCUUUACCUUGGCAUCACGGCUCUGGUAUCGAUCGAGGUCCCUCCAAGAAUGCUCGAGAUUGGAAAGUCUCUUGUCGUCACCAAGGACAGGAAGGAUCAGUAG